CCUCCUUCUCCGGCGUACCCCCGGACCCCCGUCAUGCUGCCUCGCAAACCCUCCAUCUUCGGCCGCACCAAGACCAAGCAUAGUCAGCACCAUCAAGCCGACGCCCAGCCGGCCCGCAGUGCAACCCCGGGCCCCACCAACAACGGCAGGGCAACUACGCCCGUCCCGCCCACCAUCGAAGAGGCCGUCUCGCCCUCGCGCCGCAAGACGGGUUCCUCGCGUCACAGCUUUGCCUCCUCCGUCACAGACUUCGGUUCCAACCUGCGCAGGUCCGCAUCCCUGCGCUCCGGCCAUUCGGCCCAUAGCCACAACGACGACAAACGAGAGCCCGACAAACCCCAGUCCAAUGCCUCCAAGGCCGUCCUCUCCAUCCACAACCUCACCCGCGCCCGCCAGAAAUCCCACGACCACCUAGCACGAUCCCCGCCCGACCCCCACGACCCCAAGAUGGCCGGCGUCGGCCCCAUGCAUCCGCUGCUGGCUUCACGGCCCCCUGCCACCUCGGCUUCCAAUGCGCCCUUUGGUCAAUCCGCGCCUUUGGCCGCUCCCGCCAACAUUGGCCCGCUCGCCGGCGGCCACAACCCCAACGCCAUCUACCAGCACAUCCAUGACAUGUCCUCCAAGCGCAUCUCGACGCUCGACUACCUGCGAAAAGCCCAUGACGGCCGUGUCUACUGGUUCAAUACCCUCCUCUUCACCAAAACGGACCUCUCCAAGCUCUCCUACUUCUCCCAGCGCAGCCUUGCCCGACGCGCGACCAAUUACCUCCUGCUCGGCUUCUCUCUCCCUGCCAUCCUCGACCGAAACUCGCAGAACCCGCAUGAUUACCUUCGCGCCCUCAAUGCCUUGCUCAUCGAAUUCGAGACGUACCAAUCCAUCCAUCCACCCGAGGGCACCAUGCCGAGCAGCUUGUCUCGCGGUCGUGUCGCCGGCAUGUUCAAGCGCGCUACACACGCCGCUUCAGGCGCAACCAAAGGUCGACGCGCAAGUUCCGCUACCGAUUUUGGGUUUCCAGACAUUGGCAGUUCCGACACUCCUUUCAAUAUGACUGGCAGCGACAACAAUGACCUGCUUCCCGGCGAAGAAUACACUCAUCUUUUGACGCCGAGCUUACCUUUUGAUCCGGACUUUUUCGAGACAUUCUCGACUCUCUGCGAUGUGCUCAUCGAUUGCUAUACCAAGGUCAUGAAUUUGGUCAAUGGACCAGAGGCGUGUGUGCCUGGUGUGGGUGAGAUGUUUGCAAAGGCCGAUGCGAGGGUCAGAAAGAUAAUCGUCGCCGGUGUGGUUCGAGAGUUUGAAGACGCGAGUCGCGCUGGCGCAAAACAAGAAGUGGCUGGUGUUGGCAAGGUUGUGCUAGGUGGACUAAUGUAGGUCGUACGUCGGCGGAAGCGUUGGCAGUUACGACCAGGCGUUUAGUCGACAACCAGGCGUUCAGUUCCAGGCGUUAGAAGCUUUUUACUUCUACGACGGUACAGGCAUAGGGAAGCGCGGGGCCGGUAAAAGGUACCUUGGGCACCUCGUCGCAUCGGAUCUUUGGCAUGGUUGGAGUCUUGGGAAGGAGUUGCAGUGUGGCUCGACUCGAGCCGGUUGCUUUCACAACGCAACAGCUCCACACGGUACAGGUGGAGUUGUUGAUUUGUUUGUUUUCACAUCGCAACCACUCCAACGUACAGGUGGAGUCGGUCGAUUUGCUUGUUUCAGCGCAGCAUGUUUGAUACCACUUUGCUUCAUCGCAGUUGCAUAUGGGAGGAUGGAUGUCGACCUGCAUUUCAAGCGGGUAUAGGGCAAAAUUAAUAGGAUAAUGGAUGGCUUCAAGGUGC